CCACAAACACGACAACUUCAGCCCUUUCGAUUCCAAACUAUUCUUCGCAGCCGCAGCUGCUCCGCCAGGAUGGCCGCCGGACACUCGCCAGAACAUGAAAGCCUGUCCCAGAAGCAAAACCGCGAAAUAGAGGACAUCCUCUCCAGUACGCAAGAUGUCGCGCAACAAAUAGACGAAAUCUCCAAGGUACGCGGCUGGUUCCGCCCAGAAGAGGACAGUAAAUUCUACCCGCUCAUCCAAGACUACCUCGGCGGAAAGCUCGACUUAGCGGCACUCUCCGCCAAGCUAUUCCCACCCAUGGACGAGGCCAUUUCGGCCAACCGCUCAGGAGACAUCGAUCUCAUGGACCUUUGGUACUCAGUUAUCCACUCUUCGAAACGCAUAUCGUACCGCGACACAGAAAGCCAGUCGAAAAUCGUCGCCUUCAUGGAAGCAUUCAAGAACCACUCAGACCCGCCUUCCCAGUCCAAAGAACCUUUCUACGCCGUGCUCCCCGCAUUCAACAUGGCAAGUCGCGAAGCGUACAACAACAGCCCCGGGGCCGGCGCUGGCUUCUUCGACCCAGAGAUCCAGGCGUGGGCUAAUUACAACUACUUCCUUGCGUGCUUAACGAAGGACGGUAUCGACGACAUCUACUUAUAUGCUAUCUGGGCGAUGCGUGAGGCACUGGAAAACGUGCAAAAAGACGAAGAUGUUGAUGAGAGGAUGAAGCCUGCGACAGCGUGUCAGAAGUAUGAUGCGUAUGUGCCCGCCGCGGCGGUGUGGGUGUUUGCGCUAGGGACGAAGUUGUAUGAGAAGGAGCAGGAUUUGACGCCUACGAAUAGGAACCAGGGGAAUCCGGCGAGGGGUGGCGAGUUAUGGACGGGAAGGGCGGAGUUUAGUAAGGAGAGGUGGGGGUUGUGGAAGAGAAGGUUUCAAGAGAUCAGCGGCAUGGAGGAGUUGAAGAAGGAGACGAGAGAUGUGGCGAGGGAGGCGGUUGAGGCUAUGGAGAAGGCAGAGGGGGAAUGAGGGCUGGACGACGUCGGAUGAACUUUGACAGGCGAGGGAAAGACGAACGAUAUGCAGUC